ACCUUAAUCUGGUUGCUUAACCUGCAGGAGCUUAGAAGGCACAUAGCAGAAGGGGUACACUGUCAAACAGGGCCGAGACCUGAAGACUGUCAACUGUAAUUGUCAUGGCUGGGGCGAUUCAAUGACUCCCAGGCACGGCCCAGUCUAAGGCCCAUUCAUUCAUUCAUUUGUUCACUCAAUCAACGUUCAUCGGAAACCUCCUCUGAGCUCCCUCAGUUCCAGGUAAGACUACCCUCCCUGACUUUAAGGUCUACAGAGCUACCAAAGCUCCUGAUGAGACCUUGCCCCUCACCCCGACCCCCAGUGCAAAUCUCCUAAGAGAACAGAGACCCUUGGAAGGUAUACAUAUUAGUUUCCAGCGGCUGCUGUAACAAAGUACCACAAACCAUGUGGCUUAAAGACAAAAGAAAUUGACUUGGUGGCGGUCACUGAGCAGACUGGACUCUUCUUGUAGGUGCACCUCACUCUGCUUCUUCCUCAAACAUGUGUGACAAACCCGCUGUGGCCAAGAUUGAGAGAUCUGAUAAAUCAGAACUGAAGAAGACAGAAAUGCAAAAGAAAAAUCUACUGCUUUCCAAAGAAAUGAUUGAACACGUGAAGCAAGUAGGCAAAUCCUAAUGAGGGCACAUCAUCAAUAUGCACAGUACACACCACAAGCAUUGCCUUCUUAUUUUAAUUCUUUUAGCUUUUUAACU